AAUUACAAUUAUUAUUUAAUUUUUGGGAUUUUCAGUUUUUGAAAAAAGAGAAGUUGGAACCCCAAAGAAAAGAAAGAAAAAACACAAUGUUUUGUUUGUAAGCGGCAAUUCGAAGCAGAUUCUUCUUCUUCUCCAUUUUCCCAACUCUUUCUCUCCAUUUCUAUUUUAUUUUUCAAAUUUUCAUUUCUGCUUUUCAGUUCCCAUAAUUUCUCUGUUUCCACCCAAAAUUCUUCUAAAUUCACAAGAAACGAUCACUUUCUCAUCCGAUUCAUGCUGCUAGAAUUCAACAAUUGCUUUCUUCAGAAUGAGAAAGAUGUUUUUUCUGAAGGAACAAUCACAAUCUUCCACUCCGAUUACUGAAAACGUUAACUGAAUGAGCCUUUCAGAUCUUCAUACCAAGGCGUAAAUUCCCCGAUCCGUAAGCUUUUGCAGGAAUUCAGGUUCUGAGCGAUUCAUUGCUGGAGAAUUUUUCGAUCUCCAUACUUAAUUCUAGAGUAAAUCACUGAGAAUUGAACUUUUUUGGGAACGCUUUUGAACUCGAGGAAUUCGCAUUGAUUAUAAUUAGCGAUGGAGCUUCCUCAACCUCCCCGUCCACUAGGAACUGAAGGACGGAAACCAACGCAUGACUUUCUGUCACUCUAUAGUCAUUCAACUGCUCAUCAACAAGAUCCAUCCCAGUCCUUUCAAGGAGGGUUUCUUAAAACGCAUGAUUUUCUCCGGCCGUUGGAACGGAUUGGGAAGACAUGUGCUAAGGAAGAGAAAACAAUCAAUGUGUCCACUGCAGAACGAGCAGCGCCAGCCUUGGAAACUCUAGCACAUAAUUCUCCUGCCGAGCGUCUAUUACCAGGUGGAAUUGGGACUUACAGUAUUAGCCACAUUUCUUAUUUCAACCAGAGGGUUCCAAAGGCAGAAGGAUCGGUAUUUCCAGUCCCUCAGGCGAGCAAUACUGACAAAAGUGAUGACAACUCCCGUUGUAGCUCUUUGUCUGGAAAUGGUUUCACAUUGUGGGAAGAAUCUGCAGUUAAGGGAAAGACAAGGAAGGAGAAUUUGGGUGACAAACCUGGCUUAAGGGAACCACCGGCAAAGAUUGAGCAAUGGGCCGUUUCAACAGAGCAGCCAAUACAAUCAUCAUCAAGCAUCCAUCGCAGCAACUUCAGCUCUCUCUCCCCCUCUCAGCCUUCAGGUCAGCAGAACCGGAGCUUCAGUGAGAUAUUAAAGUCCACAGCCAAUGUUUCCUCCAUGGAAGAGGAACUAGACGAUGGCAAAGCAUUUGUUAUUAAGAAAGAAUCAUCGCCAUCCACUGCCUAUAAAGGUGACUUGAAGAUAAAUGUCGGUGGAAAAUGCUCUGAUCAGAAGGCUAACACGCCGAGGUCCAAACAUUCUGCAACAGAACAGCGUCGAAGGAGCAAAAUUAAUGAUAGGUUUCAGAAGCUGAGAGAACUUAUUCCCCGUAGUGAUCAGAAGAGAGACAAGGCAUCAUUCUUGUUAGAGGUUAUCGAGUACAUUCAAUUUUUACAAGAAAAGGUUGGCAAGUUUGAAAGCUCACCACCGCAAGGAUGGUAUCAUGAACCAGCGAAAUUGAUCCCCUGUAGAAACAAUUGCGAUCUAGCACAAUGUUACAUCGAUCGUUCUCAAAUAGCAAAGAGCGGCCCUGUGUUUAUAUUUGCUGGGUCUGACGAGAAAAAUAUAUGUCACUCCCCUGCGUUUCCUAGGUGUUCGCACAACCCACUAGAAUCUGAAGUUAGUACUUCCACCACCUUCCGGGAAGCGGAUCAACAUCCUGGAACAACCAACAAAGGAACAUCUUAUUCAAUCUUGGACCCACACCAUUUCAUGCCUGUCAUAAGUGAAGGUGCAAAAACUAAACUCCGUUCUCAAGUAGCAUAUAAAGCAGACAAUAAACCAUGUGAAAUGCAACCACUAUCAUGCGAGACGAGAUCAUGUACUACCAAUAUUGCUUCUGUUGAUAACAAGCUGAAAGAACCUGAGCAGAGCAUUGAAGGUGGCAGAAUUAGCAUCUCAGGAGCAUAUUCUCAAGGGUUGUUAAAAAUUCUCACACAAGCGCUACAGAGUUCUGGAGUUGAUAUGUCACAGGCCAGCGUCGCUGUGCAAAUAGAACUUGGAAAGAGGACAAAUUACAGAGAAACCGUUCCGAGGCCUGCUAUUGUGGAUGAUUCAGCUUGCCCAAGUGAGAGAGGGAUUGUUGGUUCGAGAGUUGUAGCUGGAGAGGACAUGGAGCAGGCAUUCAGAAAGAAGCAAAAGACAUGAAAGAAAGAUGACAUAACAAGUAUUCUUCUCCUGUCAAUUCAAUUUGUUAUCAUUUCAUUUUUACGUUCCAUUUCUUCCCUGAGGGGUUAGUUUAUGGCCUUCCAAUUAUUGGGGAAAUGCAUCUGACCCAGAUUGAUUGUACAUUAGGAUAGUUCAAUUUCUAGUUUUAAUUUAAUUUUUUUGGGCAUUCCCCAUUUUAAUAUGGUGAAGAUGUAGCUAUGCUUUAGAAGUUAAGCUUUCCUUAAUAUUUAGAGGCAGUUUUAGAUGUAAAGGCUUUUUGUAAAGUGUGUCUCAUUGCCCACUCUUGUCAUAAACUCUGCGCUUAUUUCUGGGAAUGAAUCAAAAUAACAAAACAUGUAUAGUUUGCUCUUCAACUAAA